UUAAGUUAAAUGUAAGGUGUUGUAUUCAAUCAGUCUCACAUGUGAAGGUCGCAGCUAUCUAGAAAUUACAUAACAUCCUUAGAGCAUGGUCAGUAUUAUCUAUCUGUAUGUGUCUCAGCCUCCAUCGCAAUGAGCGCUUGUCACACGUUUGCUGAUACGUCCAACUCAUAUCAAUAUUUUCGGACUACUUCAUCAAUUAUUAUUCAACUUAUGUGGACAUCACUUGGUCAAACUUCUUAGGCAAGCCUUAAUCCCUAAUCUCGGCGCACGAACUCAAAUUUUCUUAUCAAGCUGAUACUUGAACAUGCAGUAAAUUCGUGACCAUUCAAGGUGUCUAGAGUAUAUAUACUGGCUAGCCCCGGGGGUACCUCACUGUCGAGAAAUCCCCAAUAAAGGAGCUGUCUAUAGACACUUUGUUUGGUUUCUUUGAAGGAAUAACAUUCCCAACGUUGUUGGUGGUCAAGCAGCAUGUCUGUGGAUGAGGUUCAACAAACAAUUCCAGCCAGAGUGAAGCAAUGGGCAGAGACCCAUCCAGACAAGGAGGUGUUUGUCUUCUACAGUGAUGAAGGAAGACGUGCUCUCACCUGUAAAGAUGUACACAACCUCUCCACAAAGUUUGCUGCAAUCCUUCAGCGUCGGGGGUUGAAACAUGGAGAUGUGGUCUGCAAUACUCUCACCAACUCUCCCGAACGUCUUAUCACCGAUUUUGGCAUCAUGACUGCUGGCUGUGUUGCUGCUAAUGCCCAGGCACUGCUGGCGGACGGUACUGAUCUGUUGCAUGUGAUCAACUUGAGUGGCUGUCGUCUACUGAUUGGGGACAAAACACUACCUGGAGGUGCUUGGGAUCUUCUCAAACCACAUCUGGGAGAAAUCAUGGAUCUGAAAGUGAAUUCAAUCAAUGCUCCUAAACUGGAAAUGGUGGAGUUUGUUGGUGUGAAGGGAGGUGGCGACUACCUGGAGAUGUUGCAUCAGGAAGGAGAUCCAGUUCCUGUUGAGAUACUACCAACAGACACAGCUCUGUAUUGGGCAACCUCGGGCAGCACUGGCUUUUCAAAACUUGUGCCAAAGACGCAUGAGGUUAUGCUUCUACUUUCUAGCCAGUUUACAAAGAUGUUUCAAUUCCAUCAAAUGAAUACUACUGUGUUCAGCAAUCGGCCUUUGGGUUGGGCAGGUGGAUGGCCAUAUGGAUUUAUUGAAAUGGCAGUCCCACAGGUGAUGACAGACACGAGAGGUUCUGUUCUGGAUCAAUGUAGGCUGUCUUGGGAUGUGCUUAGCAAGGAAAAGUGUUCUCAUGCUGUACUUACAAUAGCCUUCAUGAAGAAACUGGCAGAAAGAAGAACUCUGGAAAACUCGGGUGAUGUGAUUCAAAGAUUGAUGUGUAUUGCUACAGGGCAACCUUUUGCCAAACGCUGCUGUGAGUUUGUUGGUAAGAUAUGUCACUCUGUGGCAAAUGCAUAUGGACUCUCAGAAGUUGGUUAUGUAUCAAGUUGUAUUUGUGAGAAGGAGGAAGACUUUGAAGACAACCUGGUUGGAUGUAACUCUCACUUCGGGGUUAAGGUAGUAGAUGAACAGUUUAAAGAUCUUGGAGCAGGCAGGGACGGACAAGUCCUGCUUCAUGGACAAUGUGUGAUCAAGGGAUAUGUUAACAAUCCUGAAGCUACAAAAGCAGCUUUUACAGAUGACGGCUGGUUUAAAACCGAUGAUGUGGGCCAUUUUGAUGAGAAGGGGCGUCUUUUUGUCGAAGGAAGACGCUCAGAUGCCAUUAUGCAUGGAGAGUACAUCAUAUACCCAUCCUGGGUGGAGAAGAAGUUGAGAACAUGUCCCUAUAUUUCUGAGGUCAUGGUGGUCCCCGUUCCUCAUCCAGAUAUGUGUCAUGAGGUCUGUGCCUGUGUCAUACCCAAACCAAACAUGGAUGUCACCACCAAGAUGAUCAAAGAUCACUGCGAUCCAAUGUUCAUCAGCGAUUCCCUCCACGAAAUGUCAGCCAAACCAGCCUACUAUGUUCUGUUUGAGAGUUUCCCUCUCAGACCAACAGGCAAACCUGACAGACGGGCAUUAUCAAAAAUAGCGGAAAAAAUCACCUCAAUCCGAAACUAAACUCAUGUUCAACCACACCAUUGGGGUGCAAGGGCAGACGAAACUACCUAGCAGCAAGGAAAUAGUAUUUGGUACCUCUAUGAGUGAGUGAGUGGGUUAGGUUUAACGCCGCUUUUUACAGUUUUACAGUUAUAUCGCAGCGUGUCAGCUUAAUGUGGGAGGAAAGCCUGAAGUGAUGCAGGUCUCAGACGUUUACCACGUCGGUGAAACCCACGAGCACAUGUGUGGUGCUGACAAACCUAGAAACAUAAUCGGGGCGAACUGGGAUUCGAACCCACAAUCAUAGGUUUCUGGCGUGUCCAAGGGAUGCAGCUCUGCACAGGGUACCUCUAUGAGAGUAUUUAGUUUUCAAAUUAAUCAGAAUAUAUAUUGUGAACAAAUUUUGUAUUAUAUUCAUUUGAUCAUUACCGUAAGUAGCUUUUUUUACACACUCUAUGAUAAUAACUAUUGAAUUUGUGUACUCGCACAUGAUUAUGGAACUGGAUAUACCAAACUAUAUUUACAAUUAAAAUGUUUCAUUUGUUAUUAUUGUUGUUAUUAUUGUUGUAUAAUAUCAUUAUUGUCUGCACGUGGCAUGUAUAAUGCAACGUAUCAAUAUUACGUUCACGUUUCUUGUUUAUUGACACUUGCUUGAAAAAACAACAAAUAACCUACACUUAUCUUCUCUCUUGUUACAGGUUUCGCCUUCACAAGCUAGCUGCCUUCAGUACUGAGCUAAUUAUCUUGCAAUACUGAAAGAAGUUGAAAGCUAUCUUAGUGUCACCAAAGAGUAAAACUAGGGACUGAUAUUCAUCCGACAUACCAUGAUGUCAGUGAAUUACAGUUCAAAGUGGCCUAAACUCAAACUCUAUCCAUCGCUAAUAACUACACCCUUUUCCAAAAAAGCAUAUGGCAUUCGUUAUAUAUAAUAAUAUAGUAAUGACGAAGAUCGCCUUUAACAAUGCCCAGGAACACUUACAAUCGACAAUAUACUUUCCCUAAUCAUGAGAACUUUCAACUACAGGCAGAGCUUAUUGUACGAUUCCGACUGUGUUUAUGAAUCAGUAUGAAAUAGUGAUAAUAAUCUGUUUUCACGGAACGCAUGGCGUAUCCCUACAAACCGGUGGCAGCCAUCACAAACACAUGCAAAGGCAAGUCAAGUGUUCACCAGAACAAAUGCUGGUACAUAUGGUACAAAUGAAAUUGGGAAUUGUAUCAGAUAUAAUGUUUGUCAUAACGAAAUCGAUGUAGUAGAAGUGUAUAUUGUCUAGCAUCUGGAACAUUUAAAGGACAUAUGGAUAUAGUUCCAUUGUACCACAAAACAUUACCUGACACAAAACUAAAUUACUAUCCGUAUCACCAUAAUAGAGGGUAUUCUGUGGAAUGGGGCAUAGGGAGAUUUCUUACUUAUGUUUAGAACAGUACAUAGGCAGUUCAUUUGGGGACAUGUAGGUGUGUUUGCUUUCAACUCCAUCUCCCCAAUCUGUAGAUAAGACCUACAUGGAUAUCCCACAGUAAACCUUUAAGCUCUC